CUCACUCUUUCUGCAUUGUUGUGACGUAGGUUUGGUUUGUUCACCAAAUCUCAAAGUUUGCCAUGUCGCUGUCUUACGAGGCGAUGACGCCGAACCAGCGCAAGUGGUAUGAGAAAGUCAAGAAUGCGAGUGGUGAGCUCCGUUUAUGGGCUUAUUCUGAUGCUCCAAUGCAGGCAGUUGCUGAAGCACUCAAGGUGAACACAGCGCUCACCAAGCUCGACCUGCACUACCAUCUGAUUGGUGAUGCUGAAGCGCAAGCAAUUUCCGAAGCACUCAAGGUGAACACGACGCUCACCCAGCUUGACUUGAGCGACAAUCAAAUUCAUGAUGCUGGAGCCCAGGCAAUUGCAGAAGCACUCAAGGUGAACACGACCCUCACCCUGCUCGAUUUGAGCCACAACCCCGUUGGCGACGCUGGGGCUCUUUCCAUCUCAGAAGCACUCCGACAGAAUAAGACUUUGCAAAUUCUCGAUUUGGCGUACAAUCAGAUCGGUUAUGUGGAGGAAACGGUACUGCGCCACAGUAUCCAUCCAACCUUGCAAUUACACAUUGAUGACCAGCAGCGAUCUGGUGCUGUUCGAUGCCGGGAAGUCCGCGUGGUCGUGCUUGGCGAUCCUUCAGUCGGCAAGACUUCACUUGUUAGGGGAAUCGCCGACGGUUACGUGCGACAGGCGUUCUCCAAUAUAUUCAGCAUUGCCAAUUCCACCGAUGGUAUUGACAUUUCGACAGUCGUUCUGCGUGAAAAAGGCGAAUCCAUGAUUUUGAUCAUUUGGGAUUUCGCUGGUCAAGAAGUCUAUCUGGUUUCGCACCAGUUCUUUCUUCGAGAACGAACAGUCUACCUGGUCUUGUUUGACGUGCGUGAAGACUUAUCACUCCAUUCGCGCCUUGCCUUUUGGCUACGCAGCUUGCACGCUUGCGUUCCAAACGCCGAUAUCAUUCUUGUUGGAACCCACAUUGAUCAUCCGUCGUACACUUCGGAGCGGCAGCAAGAGCAAAAACAAAAUCUUGCCAAUCUGCUCAGCAGCCUGAAAAAAUCAAGUGUUUCGUUUAACGUGCGUUCGACCGUCUACAUUAACGCGCGGAACUCUACGGGGGCCCCGAGCAUGCCGGAACUCAAGAGUGCAUUGUUUCAAGCCGGACAAAACAUGCCGUUUUACAAUCGGCUGUUGGAUGGUCAAUACCUUGAGCUCAGAGACUUGCUCCGAAAGCGAGCCGAUCAGUUGGUCGCCCAGAACAAACCGCCUCUCUGUCGAUGGCAUGAAAUUGUCGAGCUUGGCCAGUCACUGCGUCUCAGCGGGCGAGCAAUCGAUGCGUUCAUGGAGCUCUUGCGUUUUCAAGGCUGGGUCGUUUUCCAUCGUCUCGCCAAUUCAGCUACCCAAGACACGUCCAAUGUUCCCGCGCUGCAACCUGCAACUCUCCUCGCUUCGAUGAACGACAUUGUCAUCUUGAACCCUCAAUGGUUCACGAAAACAGUCCUGACUGGAGUGAUUACGCAGAAACCUCAAGAUCGAUGGGUCACGGAUGGCAUUGUGACUCGAGAGAAUCUGCUUCGAAACGCUUGGAAGGGCAUCGAUUCUGCGAUUUGUGAUCAGUUUGUGCUGCUCCUUCAGCGAUACGAGCUUUUGUACAAGAUGAGCGAUGCCGAUCAGCCUGGAACCGAUUCUGCUUCAAGCGCAGGCACUCGCUAUGUCAUCCCUUCGUACCUACCAGCCUACAAAUCCGACCCUAGUAGAUGGUCUCUGAAGCCUGCAGCGGGCGAGCCGCAUGAAGUUGCCAUUGUGAUGGAGACCAAGUUUUUGCUGGAAGGAUUUUUCUCGAGGCUGGUUGUGCGCUUUCACGAGCGGAAAUUCCACUUGACGGCGUGGCGAGAUGCUGUUCUGGUCAAUUGCGGCGGUCCUCGAGCGCUCCUGCGUGCUCAUCGCAACGAUUCCAAUGUGCGCCUCGAGUUUACCGCUCGCGGGAAGCAUCCAGAGAGGCUGCUUCCAGCUCUGAUUGAGAUACUGGACAAGCUCAGCUCGGAUUGGUAUCCUGGAAUCUCGUGGAAAACCUACCUGCGCUGUCCCAUGCAUGAGCCCAAUGACAAAUCAUGCCUGUGGACACUACGACCUCAAGUUCGGGAUGCGGUUAUCAACGAUGAGCAACCUUUAUCUUGUUCGCACACGCACAUCACGUUUCCAAAGGAGGAAUGGCUUCCAGUUCUCAGCUCGCUUUUGCAACGUCGCUUGAAAGUGGUUUCGCAACCCACACCGGAGGAUAUCGAAGCGCUACGGCAACUCGAACCGCAACCGGCGCCGGCGAGCGAGAUCCAAACAGCAGCCACGCAAGUUGCAUCACUUGUCGCAGCUCAACUGAUUGCAUCUGGAAAGCAAACAUUGCAGGAAGUUGGUGCGGCAGCCAUCCAUUCUGUUCGCGAAGUCGAGAAGCAAGUGACUUCUUCUGGAGUGCAGCAGCUUCAAAGUAUUGCCGCUCAGUCAGCGCAGGACUUGCAGCGUUUCAAUAAGGCUUUGGAUGGCAUCAUUGGAUCAAUUCCCAAUGCAGUCCAAACUGAUCCUGUCGAGUUUGAUCGGCUGAUCCAGUCUACAGUUUUGAGGCGCAUCGAUGAGCUUGCCAACAGCUUGAUUUCCAGAUUUGACACAGCAGAAUCCCUGCAACAGGAGCAGAGAAACGAAAUCGCUCGUUUUUUCACGAGUCAAGUCCAAAUGCAGCUGGACUUGCUGGACAAACCAUGCCCGUUGUUGUUUGUCGUGAUGCCUCCGGCUGCGACCCGGAACUGGUGUUCCAAGCUCAAAGAACUUUACAAGUCACGCCACACUGCGCACCUGCUGUGUGCCCACAUGAAUUCCAACAACCAGCCAGAGUGGCAUCGUAUCGACAGUCAUCCUGGCUACGAAAUUGCCAAGUUUUCAAAGUGGCUGAAAAAAUAUGGUUCGCGUGUUCGCAGCCUGCUUGAGUUUGUGCGUCCGUUCUUGAAAGCAGCCAGCUUGGCUCCUGGUGGACCAGAUGUAACGGAUGCGGUUGAUUCAGCCAUUACUGCUUUGAAAGACCCGCUCGAAGGUUUGAACUACUUGCAAAGAUUGCUCGACCAUGCUGAUCAGCAAAAGAGCUCCAGCGCGAAAGGAAAGCAACCAGCGCCUGCAUCUGCUGCUUCCUCAGAAGUCACACACUCGUCCCAAGAGGCGGCAAGGGAAUGGGCUGCUUUCCUGUCCAAGAACGACGAGUACAAGUCCUUUGCCGGUUUGGAGCGAGCUGUUGUGCUCGACGGUGGUGAGGUUCGUUGGGUCUGUCCGACGCACGCGCAAGAGCCCAUCUAUCGCACCAGCUCCAUUUCGAGCAGCUCGUCCGCCGGGUCCUCUAGCAAUGCGCCAAGCAGCUCUUCCAGUGGCAAUGCUACACGCAAUUCCUCCGCGCCAUCCACUUCAACACCGUGAUGCAAGCACGUCGUGUUUUGUUUUCACUCGCCGUCAAGAUUGUGCUUUCAUGUCUGUUUCUUUUCAAUUGUGUGCAUGCGUUGAUGUUCAAUACAAAUUUGAUCCUUU